CUGCUCAUCCAUUGACUACUCAACUUAGCUAAGACUCCUUUUUCGGAGCCAACCUUUGAUCCUGACUUGCCAUUGAAUACUGUUCCUACAGUGAGAUCUGUUUCCGGCGUCUAGAAUCGUCGCAAUGGAGGAAGAGAAAGGAGCUCUGGUGCAGGGCCUGAUCGAUGCGGUUAACGAGAUAGCUUCAAUCACGGAUUACAGAUGUACGGUGAAGAAGCAGUACUGUAAUCUAACAAGGAGAUUGAAGCUAUUGAUACCAAUGUUCGAGGAAAUUCGAGAGGCCAAGGAGCCGAUUCCAGAAGAUACGUUGAAAGCUCUGGUCUCGCUCAAGGAUUAUCUGGUCUCUGCGAAGGAGGUGCUCAGAUUUGGCAGCGAAGGCAGCAAGAUUUAUCUGGUCCUUGAGAGGGAGCAGAUUACGCAUAAAUUUCAUGAAGUGACCGCUCAAUUAGAACAAGCUUUGAGUGGAAUUUCCUAUCAGAAUCUUGAUAUAUCUGAUGAAGUAAAAGAACAGGUUGAGCUUGUUCUUGCACAAUUCAGAAGAGCCAAAGGAAGGGCCGAGAUUCCUGAUGAGGAGCUAUAUGAAGAUCUAGUAUCUCUUUACGAUAAAAGCACUGAUGCAGCAACAGAUCCACCUGUACUAAAGAGAUUAGCUGAAAAAUUGCAAUUAAUGGAGAUAUCAGAGCUCGCACAAGAAUCACUAGCUCUGCAUGAGAUGGUUUCUGCCACUGGUGGGGAUCCUGAGGAGAGCAUUGAGAAGAUGUCAAACUUGUUGAAAAAAAUUAAGGAUUAUGUGCAAACGGAAUAUCCUGAUCUGGAUACUGUUGCUAGAGAAAUGACUUAUCCUCCAAGUACUGGUGGACAAGUUACCUUAAACGGGAAACACAAGGCCCCAGCUAUACCAGAUGAUUUCCGCUGUCCGAUAUCUCUGGAGUUGAUGAAGGAUCCAGUCAUUGUUUCAACAGGGCAGACUUAUGAGCGUUCCUGCAUUGAGAAAUGGCUGGAAGCAGGACAUGGGACAUGUCCAAAGACACAACAAACGCUCACAAGCAAAACUCUUACUGCCAAUUAUGCUUUGCGAAGUCUCAUAGCUCAAUGGUGUGAGGCAAAUGGAAUUGAACCCCCGAAAAGACCCAGCAGUUCUCGACCUAGUAAAACAACUUCUGCCUGCUCACCUGCUGAACGCACCAUGAUUGAGACUGUCCUUCGCAAGCUCUCAUCUGCUAACCCAGAAGAUCAACGAUCAGCUGCUGGUGAAAUCCGACUUCUUGCCAAACGCAAUGCAGAUAAUCGUGUCGCAAUCGCUGAAGCUGGUGCAAUCCCUCUUCUGGUGGGUCUCCUUUCAACACCUGACUCACGAACUCAAGAGCAUGCUGUAACUGCACUUCUAAACCUAUCCAUAUGUGAAGAUAACAAAGGGAGUAUCAUAUGCUCUGGAGCAGUUCCUGGUAUAGUUCAAGUGCUCAAGAAAGGGAGCAUGGAAGCCAGAGAGAAUGCAGCAGCCACUCUUUUCAGUCUUUCAGUGGUGGAUGAAAAUAAGGUGACAAUUGGUGCUUCAGGAGCCAUCCCACCUCUAGUUACACUGCUAAGUGAGGGCACACAAAGGGGGAAAAAAGAUGCUGCAACAGCACUCUUCAACUUGUGCAUCUAUCAAGGGAACAAGGGUAAGGCAGUCAGAGCUGGAGUUAUUCCAACACUAAUGCAUCUAUUGACAGAACCAGGAGGUGGAAUGGUGGAUGAGGCACUGGCCAUAUUAGCAAUACUUGCUAGCCACCCUGAAGGGAAGAUAGCCAUUGGAGCAGCAGGGGCAGUGCCAGUUUUGGUAGAUGUCAUUGGAAAUGGAUCUCCUAGGAAUAAAGAAAAUGCAACCGCAGUUUUGGUGCACCUUUGUUCCGGAGAUCAACAACACAUGGCAGAAGCUCAGAACUUAGGAGUGAUGGGUCCUUUGGUUGACCUGGCACAAAACGGUACAGACAGGGGUAAGAGGAAGGCUACUCAAUUGCUUGAGCGUAUGAGUAGGUUUAUUGAGCAACAAAAUUUGGCUCAAGCACAAGCUGAGUCCCAAGCUCAGUCUCAGCCCCAGUCAGAGUCUCAGACCCUGCAGCCAUAGCCAUCCUCCACAGCAAAUGCUGACAAUAGCUGAGGUUUUCUUUAUUACGUUUUUGUUUCUUUCGUCAUCUUAUUUCCUUCUUUUGUUUUUUUGGCAUUGAAGGAUGCAGCUUUUGCUUUAGAAGACGAGGUGGAAGAUCACCUUAUCAAUUCUAAAGUUAUUCAUUUGAUUUGUGUGGAUGGAUAUAUAAUUAUCGGAACCAUCAAAAGGCUUGAAGAAAGAGAAGGAAGAGAAAAGGGUCAAAGUUGUACCCCAGAUUUAUGAUCUGAAGUUGAUCCACUAUAGCAUGUAUGACUGCAUUCAUCCUCUGUUUUUAGUGGAGAGAUGUUCCCUGUAUUCAAAACAGUCUAUGACAUGAGAUUUACUGGUAUAUAAAUAUUAUAUAUCAUCCUACUACUUUCUUUCAUACAGC